AUGGACAAAAUUAUUCCAUCACUCCCAUUAAAAUGUGAUGUUACUGGAAAUGUUAAAAAAAUAAUGGAAUUACUUGACAUUGAAGAUGUACGAUUAUUAACUAUGUUUAAAAAAAGUCGAAAAGCGAAAUUAAAGAAAAAAAAAGAUAAUCGUUUACCCUACACAAAUAUUCAAAGAUAUCAUACUCCACCUCCAUCGUUUGUCAAAGACGCAUUUCAAUUCGUCGAAAGAAUCAAAAAUAUAAAUUAUGAGGAUGGUCAAAUGAUGGUAAGUUUUGACAUUGAAUCGUUAUACACGAAUAUUCCUGUGUACGAAGCCAUCGAAGCUGCAUUGGACCUGAUUUAUGUUGAUGGAAUUAAACCCAAUGAUAUUCCAUAUUAUAGAAAUGAGAUGAAAGAAUUAUUAAAAUUAGCGGUAUGUGAUGUUCCAUUCAGAUUUCAAGCAGAAUUAUACAAACAGAAGGAUGGUGUUGCCAUGGGCAGCUGUUUAGCUCCUAUCUUGGCCGAUGUGUUUAUGAUUAAAUUGGAACAAAAAUUAAAUAAAUUAUUGUUCAACAAACCACAAUUGUACUUAAGAUACGUCGACGAUGUAUUCUGUAUAUUUUCAAAAACAGAGAAUUAUGAAGCAUUUUUAAACAUCAUCAAUCAAUGGCAUCAAAAUAUUCGUUUUACAUUGGAAGUUGAAAAUAAUGGACAUUUCCCGUAUCUUGAUGCUAUGAUCAUGAGAAAUAACAAUGAUAGAAGAUAUGACACAACGCUAUACAAGAAGCCUACUGAUACCGGGCUAUAUUUAUUGUAUGAAUCAAAUCAAUGUCGAAGGUACAAGCUAGAUAUAUUGGACGAUAAUGGUUAUCCAUCACAUAUUAUUCGAAAAGGGAUUGGUGAAGGGAAGGUCAUUGUGAUACGAUUAAAAAAUCCAAAAGAUAAAAAGGAUAUAAAACCACAAUUAAAGUUAAGGAAUAUAUUCUUCACAUUACCAUAUUUUGGAGAAGGAACGUUUGUAUUGGGACAAAGAAUUAAGAAGAUAUGCAAACAAAUGAUUCCAACAGUGGAUUUGAAAAUUGCAUAUAAAAAAACAAUGAUAUUGAAAAGUAUAUUUUUACCAAUACAAAAGGGGUUAGAUGAAAGUAAGAAAAUGAAGAAUAUUGUCUAUUGUAUUCCUUGCAAAAACUGCGAUCGUAAAUACUUUGAAGAAACAUCGAGAGACAGAAACAUUCGUAUUAAGGGACACCGUUAUGAUGUGAGCAAGCAAGCACCAAAUUCGAAAAUUGCUCAGCAUGUCCGUGAAAAGAAACACGUUAUGAAUUUUAACAAUACAAUUACUGUUGCACACGAAACAAAUGGAAAAGAAGAACGAUCAAAGAAAGUCUGCUGA